AUGUUUAAAAUAGCAGGACCUGUUUACCUUUUCGAAGCACCUGGGUCACCCACAUUUUUGGGUGGGAUUAUCUAUACCUCUCCGUCGGUACUACAGAAAAUUGCUCCCUCUCCAUCCGCACUACGGACACUUACUCCCUCUCCGUCAGUACUACAAAAACGUACUCCCUCUCCGUCAGCACUACGGAAACUUACUCCCUCUCCGUCAGUACUACAGAAACUUGCUCCCUCUCCGUCUGCACUACGGAAACUUACUCCAUCUCCGUCUGCACUACGGACACUUACUCCCUCUCCGUCAUUACUACAGAAACUUACUCCGUCUCCGUCCGUACUAAGGAAACUUACUCCCUCUCCGUCUGCACUACGGAAACUUACUCCCGCUCCGUCUGCACUACAGAAACUUAUUCCCUCUCCGUCUGUAAUACGGAAACUUACCCCGUCUCCGUCUGCACUACGGAAACUUACUCUCUCUCCGUCUGCACUACGAAAACUUUCCCCCUCUCUUUCUGCACUACGAAAACUUACCCCCUCUCCGUCUGCACUACGGAAACUUACUCCCUCUCCGUCUGUACUACGGAAACUUACCAUGAUAACGUUGCGCACGAUGUUCCUACAACACGACGUUACACCACCACGACGUCAAAGAGAGUUUUCUGAAACUUUUGACUGGUUAGUGUUUGUAAGUUUCCUUAGUGCAGACGGAGAGGGAGCAAGUUUCCUUAAUGCAGACGCAGAGGAAAUAAGUUUCCGUAGCACGGACGGAGAGAAAGUAAGCUCCCGUAGUACAGAUGGAGAGGGAGCAAGGUUCCGUAGUGCAGACGGAGAUGGAGUAAGUUUCCUUAGUACAUAUGGAAAGGGAGUAAGUUUCCGUAGUACGGACGGAGAGGGAGUAGGUUUUCGUAGUACAGACGGAGAGGGAGCAAGGUUCCGUAGUGCAGACGGAGAUGGAGUAAGUUUCCUUAGUACAUAUGGAAAGGGAGUAAGUUUCCGUAGUACGGACGGAGAGGGAGUAGGUUUCCGUAGUGCAGACGGAGAGGAAACACUUACUCCCUCUCCGUCUGUACUACGGAAACUUACUCCCUCUCCGUCCGUACUAAGGAAAGUUACCCCUUCUCCUUCUGCACUACGAAAACUUACUCCCUCUCCGUCUGCACUACGGAAACUUACUCCCUCUCCGUCUGUACUACGGAAACUUACCCCCUCUCCGUCUGCACUACGGAAACUAAAUCACUCUCCGUCCGUAUUACGGAAACCUACUCCCUCUCCAUAUGUUCUAAGGAUAUUUACUCCUCUACGGCCGUCUGCACUACGGAAACUUACUCCAUCUCCGUCUGCACUAAGGACACUUACUCCGACUCCGUCCGUACUAAUGAAACUUACUCCGUCUCCGUCCGUACUAAGGAAACUUACUCCCUCUCCGUCUGCACUACGGAAACUUACUCCCUCUCCGUCCGUACUACGGAUAUUUACUCCCUCUCUGUCCGUACUACGAAAACCACAGAAACUUACUCCAUAUUCGUCUGUUCUAAGGAAACUUACUCCCUCUCCGUCUGCACUAAGGAAACUUACUAAAUAUCCGUCCGUACUGAGGAAGCUUACUCCGUCUCCGUCCGUACUAAGGAAACUUACUCCAUCUCCUUCUGCACUACGGAAACUUACUCCCUCUCCGUCUGCACUACGGAAACUUACUCCGCUCACACCGAACAUCAAGCUAUAA